AUGCCGCCCGCCACUGCCGCGCGGCGCUCCGGCCUUUCACGCUCCCAGAACCAAAUCCGGGCGGCGGAGAUGGGGCCGGCGAUGCGUCGACAGGAUAGAGUCCGGCAAAUCUGGCUGGGUGCCGCGGGAGGCUGCCCGCAGUGGAUAAAUACCGACAAGCCGCUCCAGGCUCUGGACUUUUAUAUGAUUUGUUCAUUUCCAGCGUCUCGAUCGCCAUUCCUUACCGCCAACUCUACCCCAACCAAGAUGCAAGGCUGGUCGUCCCUCAUCGUCAAGGCAGGCCUCCUCGGCCUCGCCUGCCUCGACCUCGCCUCGGCCCUCAAGCCAUCGCCCGGCUGCGGCAAGAUCAACACGCUCAAGGCGGGCAACAACAGCAUCACCGUGGCCGGGGCCGGCAGCAACGGGCGGCGCUGGUACCUGCUCAACCUGCCGGCCGGGUACGACAACAAGCACCCCUACCGGCUCAUCUUCACGCUGCACGCGCUCGGCGGCAGCGCCGACCAGGUCGUGGCCGGCACGGGCGGCUACCUGCCCUGGUACGGAUUCCCCCGGCUCGUCAACGACACCACGGGCGCCAUCUACGUGGCGCCCAACGGGCUGGACCGCGGCUGGGCCAACACGGGCAACCGCGACGUGACCCUCGUCUCGGCCGUCGUGGAUCAGGUCAAGGCCGACCUGUGCGUCGACGAGGACCUGCUCUUCAGCGCCGGCUUCAGCUACGGCGCCAGCAUGUCGUACGCCAUCGCCUGCAGCCUGCCAAAGGUGUUCCGGGCCGUCGGCGCCCAGUCGGGCGGCGCCAUGAGCGGCUGCCAGGGCGGCAGCGAGCCCAUUGCGUUUUACGGCCAGCACGGCGUCGCCGGCGACCUGCCCAUCGCCCAGGCGCGCCAGAUCCGGGACCGCUUCAUCAAGAACAACGGCUGCACCCAGCAGACCUUCCCGACCGUCAGCGCCGGCAGCGGCACGCACGCCAGGGUUGACUACAAGGGCUGCAAGGAGGGGUUCCCCGUCACCUGGAUAGAGUACGACGGCGGCCACACCCCGCAGCCAAUGGACAAGGGCACCAAGAUGACAUGGGCGGCCGACGAGACGUGGAGGUUCUUUUCGCAGUUCAAGUGA